GAGAACGAGAUCAGAUGCCCGCCAACUCAUGCACUUGAGCAAUAUGUGAGAACGAGAUCAGAUGUCCGCCAACUCAUGCACUGGAGCAGAAUGUGAGAACGAGAUCGGAUGUUGGACAGCUCAUGCGGUUGAGCAGUAUGUGAAAAUGAGAUCAGAUGUCCGCCAGUUCAUGAACUUAACAGGAUGUGAGAACGAGAUGAGAUGUCCGCCAGCUCAUGCAGCCGAAUUGAGAACGAGCUGUAAUAACGUGAACAUGCUGCCUACGUAUUUCCGACGUGCCGUGUUUGCCUGUACACAACCCUGAGCUGAUGUGGCUGGCAUCCAGCUCUCGCUCUCUGUGGUACGAUGAGCUGUCCCUGCGUGUGCCAGACUCAGCUGACCCAGCUGCGGGCGGAGGAGGGCCGUCUGUGUCGGCUGGUGAACCUGGCGCGGCCGGCCUCCAUGCCUCCGCUGCGGCCGCCGCCACAGGCUGCCGCCGUCCGCUCCGCUCUCACCGGCAUCAUCGGCAAGAGAAAGCAGAAGGCCGGUCGGUGCGCGGCGCCAGCGCGAGCCGUCCGAGGACCGGAGCGCCGCGUUCCGUCCGGGCCCGCCGUGGAGGACGAGGACGAGGUCGAGGACGAAGAGGAAGAGGCGGCGCAAGGGUCGGAGCCGGAGCGACGGGUGCCGGCCGGUCCGACCCCCGAGCAGCCAGCCGCGCCAGCCGGCUCCCGUCCGACGGCCCGGCGCCGGGACACGGACCGGAGCGCCAGCGACCUGUGCCAGUCGGUGGAAAGGACCACGGACCCGGUGCCGGCGGCCGUGUGA